AACUUUGUCAAAUCCUACAGCAAAUGGUAUUUUAAGUGGUUAUUCUACGAGCUCGGCGACAUCAGUAAUAACAAGUACUUUGCCACGGUCUUCUCCUAAUCAAACUACUAAAUUGGUAUCAUCCACUUGUACACCAAUCAGCGUGGGAAAUUCCACUGGAACGUCAACAUCUAACGGGACUCCAUCGAAUACAUUGAACGCUGGAUUACCUAUGCUUAUUCAUGGCCCGCAGUAUCGGGCUCCAUAUGCAAAUUAUUCCUUAUAUUCACCAUACAACAGCAUAAAUCAUGGACCGUACCUAGCUCCUAUAGUGCCGGUCCCUCCGCCAAAUUUACUGGCAUCGCAAUUACGUACUCUGGAUAAUCGAUCAAGUCACGAAUCUUCAGCAACUACGAAAGUAACAAUAGCUCCCAAUAUUACAUUGCCGCAAUGUGUCUCAAUGGCUUCAAUACGUUCCGUUACCCCGCAAAAUAAUAAUGGAUCAAUAAAUAUCUGCGUACCGCAACCUGGCUUGCUAACAGUGACUACUGCCGGAAGUUUUCAUUCAACAAACUCGACAGUCCAUUCAUUGAAUCAUUCUCAUAUACCAAAUUCUAUUAAUGUUCCUGCAUUUGCGAACGGAGCAUGUGGAGCUGCUGCUCCUAAAUCAUGUACCAUAACUUCCGGAUUGUCUUCUCUUUCAGUAACAGCACUUCCCGCUGUUUUAGCACAAACUCUACCUCCUCCAUCUACUCAAAUAUUUUCACAGACAGGGAACUUCUCAUCUAUGCCCCAGAUGUUACCUACGCAACCACUUCAGGCCACUUCAAUAACUUCCCAACACCAAACAAUAACGCGAUGCGAAAAUUCUGUGUCCGCAUCAACUUCUACCGCCUCUAACAUAGGCUUAUCUCUACCCCCUGUUCAAAGUUUAACGACUGCAGGCUCAAGUGUAUCUGCGUCAUCAUUAUCACCAUCAUCUGUGAUACAAAAGGUUAUUUCACCUAAAAGUGAUAUUGCUUGCAACAAAGACGGGGAUUUAAGCUGCAGUACAAACACUAGGGCGCAAAACAAUGUAUCUACAUCAUUGUCCAUUGUUACGCAAUCCGUUAAUGUGGGUUCCACAUUUUGUGGAACCGCUUCGAGUCAAUAUGGUAUUACUUCCACAUUAUCAUCAAGUUUGUCGAUACCGCCAUUAACAGGAUGUAUAUCAAUAUCUUCUCCUAAAGCAGGACUUUGGUUAAAUUCUCCCGCUGUCACUACAACAAUGUCAUCUUGUGGAUUGUCGGCACCCGUGGUAUCAAGCGCUUGUGCCAGGCCUACACCGCCAUUGUUAAAUAUAUCUGCAACAAAUAUAGCUAAAGUUGCUGCCAAUGCAGCUAUGUCAAAUACUCACAUUACAGCAGCUACAAGUAAUCAGUGUUUUCAAAGUACGGCGUACAUACCCGCACAUUCUGCACAACUUGCAUCUUCUUCAACAAGUGUAAUUUCUUCAACGGCCGUCAGUUCCUUUUCUUUAGUGUCACGUACCUUAAGCACCAAUGUACCAAUGACAAAUGUUUCAACAAACUCGGCACCAUCUUCAAUACACCCAGCUACAGUAAUAUCAAACACAUCUGCAAAUACGCCCCACCCAUUCUCUGCAGAAUCUCUUUUUCAACCAAGCAAAAAUGAUCAAGCGGAUUUGUUGCGGCGAGAACUUGACAGUAGGUUUUUAGAUCGGUCGGGCCUUGCUGUAACACCUACACCUUCAACAGCCACAGCAUAUAUUCGACCUGAGCUUCAACAUCAUCAACACCAUCAUACGCCUCAUCAUCAUCAGAAUCAACAGUUGUUUUCUUCUGCAUCUCCAGCCCAAGUCACUUCAGGGCAACUGUUGCCACCACCAUUAUUUAAAGACAUUUCAAAACUUUCGGCCGUCGAUCAACAGUUUUAUCGAAAUGGUAUCGGUAUGCCAAAUGGAUACGCAGGAUACUCCCCAACCGGUAUUUUACAUAGCGGCGUAGGAGGAUCAACGCCGUUUGUCACUCCCAAUCAUUUGACUUCAUUUUCUUCAAGGAAAACUGGUCGUUGGAAUGCCAUGCAUGUUCGUAUAGCCUGGGAAAUUUACUAUCACCAAAAUAAACAAAGUUCUGAAAAAACUGGAUAUCCAGUAACUUUGUCCAGCCAAACUUCUAAUAUAAAUGUAGCAUCAGUCAACGCUUCCAUUGCUUCAAGUGGAGGAAAUGCACCCUCGUCAUUGAAUAACGUUGUAGCUACUUCAGUGAUUGGAAAUGGAAUCGCAGUGGCAAGUGGACCUACUACAACUUUAUGUAAUAAAUCAACUCCAUCUAUUGGUCUUAACGCAACAUCACCACAUCUCCAUCGCGCAAGUGAACUUCCACCUGCCACUUUCACUAGUGCAUUACAAGGAAGAUUGUCGUUUGAAGCUUCACCUCUGGCAUCAAGUUUUAUUGGAGCACCUCCUAGUCAUAUUGGAACGACUGUUUCGCCAUUUGGACGUUAUGUGAAUCCCUUUGGAUUUCCGGGACUUACGCAUUUUGGUGGUCAUAUAGAAGCAUGGAGAACCAAUAAUUUGCAACGAAACGUUGCAUAUCAUCCUUCAAUAUCAUCAGCUUCAACAAAUUGGUCCGGAAAAACAGAUUCAGGGGUUGAAAGUGCACGACGCGAAGCAGAAGAGCGCGAACGUGAACUUCGUGAACGCGAACAAAGAGAACGAGACCGCCAACGACGCGAAAGGGAAGAACGUGAACGCAAAGAAAAGGAGGAAAAAUUAAAACGAGAACAGCAAGAGAGGGAAAGGGAACGCGAUCGUAAAGAACGUGAACGGGAAAGAAGAGAAAUUGAGCGACGGGAAAUAGAACUCGCAGUUCAAGCAAUGGUUUCUGUAAAUGCGUCUGCGCGGGAUCGCUCACCACUUCGUAAUGUUGGAGAUAUGAAUCCAGAUAUUCGGAUAAAAGAGGAACAUCCUCGUGCAAAAGAUGAGCAAGAAGUAAUGUUAAUGCGCGCUUCGGCAGCUGUUGCAGGAGAUCCUCGAUAUCAUUCAUCCUCAUUAGCAGUUGUUCAAGCAAGUGCUGCAGCUGCUGCGGCCCAUCAUCAUCACGCUAAUAUAAUAGCUGCAAGUCGACACGGUUUGCCCCCACCACCGCAUCUGGCACGUGCAAUGCUUCCACCCACUUUAGGUGUUGGUGGACCUAUAACACAUUUUAGUGCUUCAGCUCCACCUGGAUGGGGAAUAGAUCCCUAUCGAGACCCAUAUCCCAUUAUUCGCUAUAACCCAAUUAUGGAAGCUGCACUACGACAUGAAGCAGAAGAAAGGCAAAAGGCUAUAAAUAUUUAUGCAGCUCAAUCUGCAUCUCAUUUACGUGUAAAGGAUCCUCCUCCUACAGUCAGUGCUCUAGGACCUACACAAUCCCAACACCGGCUACAAACAUGUGUUGUGAGUUCAACUGGUGUCCCACAGUCAUCCCAAAUUCAACAACUACCAUUAACACAACUGUCAACAGGUAUUGUGGUCGGUAAAAACUCAGGUCCAGCGGUAUCAAUAGGCAUUCCAGUUCAGCAUAUGAUAGCUGUCGAUUCCUUAAGUCAUCAAACUGUUAGCACGAAGGAAACUGACCAUUCAAUGGGAACAGUCGUAAGUGCUGCGACCGUUGGUCUUAGUACAGUUUCUGGUGGUGUAAUAGGUUUAUCUCCAGUGCCAUCAGUCGCCCCAAGUCGAUGAUAAGCAAAUAAUUUAUUUAAAGAGCGACCACGUUGGUACGUUGGAAUUUUAAAAAUUUCGACCAGCUCCAAUUUACAUUUCAUCAUCCUUAUUACCUCGACCUAGUACCAUGUAAAGCCUGAAUAACACCAAUAUAAAGCGUGACGCUUUUGUAAAAUACCAGAAAAUUAUUUUAUAAGUUAUAAUAUUAACUUUUUAUGUUAAUAAUGGACUUAAAAUUAAAUAAAUAAAACUUUUUAAGAGGUGAAGACUCCAUAUAUUUUGAACCAUCGAGCUGACAUACAUUACUGUAAACUUAUUAAGAGGUUAUAUCUGUUUGGAUAUUUUUUGUAUGUAAUUUUUUUUAUGUAUAUUGGAUUUUUUUUAGAUUAUGUAUAUAUACAUAUAAUGGCUCUAGAUCAUUAAUCAAUAAUGGCAUAAAAAUAUUUAUUUUUUAUGUUUUGCAUACAAAUAUUUUUUUCUCGAUUAUAAAUCAAAAUGAAGCAAUGUUUAUUAAGUCAUAAAGGUAUGUACGCAGUGUGUCACUAGGCUAACGCUCAUGGGGUACAGUAAUUUUUUGUAAAAUAUUGUUUAACCAAAAUAAGAAAUCGUUAGACCAUAAAAUCUUGAAAAUACCCAAACGUACCAUUAAAUGCAACAAGUGCAUCAGGAUAAGGCUAGCUAAGAUAACUUCACUUUUUUCGAUUCAUUUCGUAAAAAAUAAAUUUUUAGGAGAUUAAUUUCGUAUUAUUCCUUAAAAUGCCUUUUCUUUUAUGGUCUGGUCUGUGGGACUUUAUGAAAAAAAAUGUUUUUAUGACAUAAAAUUCCGAAAAAAAAUUUUUAAAAAGAAAAUGUACAUUCAGAACACAAUAUAAGGUUUUUUUGUUUCACACCUCUUACCUUUUUAUACCCUUGUAGAGGGUAUUAUAAUUUUGGUCAAAAGUGUGUAAC